GAGUCUGAGAAGCCGGAGCCGCCCGAGGAGGAGCCUGAGCCCCCAUCGCCGCCAUGGAGCUGAUCACCAUCCUCGAAAAGACCGUGUCGCCCGAUCGGAUUGAAUUGGAAGCGGCGCAGAAGUUCCUGGAGCGGGCAGCUGUAGAGAACCUGCCCACUUUCCUUGUGGAACUGUCCAGAGUGCUGGCAAAUCCAGGGAAUAGCCAGGUUGCCAGGGUUGCAGCUGGGCUACAGAUCAAGAACUCUUUGACAUCUAAAGAUCCAGACAUCAAGGCACAGUACCAACAGAGAUGGCUUGCUAUCGAUGCCAAUGCUCGAAGAGAAGUCAAGAACUACGUUUUGCAGACUUUGGGUACGGAAACCUAUCGGCCAAGCUCUGCUUCACAGUGUGUAGCUGGUAUUGCCUGUGCAGAGAUCCCAGUAAACCAAUGGCCUGAACUAAUUCCUCAGCUGGUAGCUAAUGUCACAAACCCUAACAGCACAGAGCACAUGAAAGAGUCAACAUUGGAAGCAAUUGGUUAUAUAUGCCAAGACAUUGAUCCAGAGCAGCUGCAGGAUAAAUCCAAUGAGAUCCUGACAGCCAUAAUCCAGGGGAUGAGGAAAGAAGAACCUAGUAAUAAUGUGAAGCUAGCAGCUACCAAUGCACUCCUGAACUCUUUGGAGUUCACCAAAGCAAAUUUUGACAAAGAGUCUGAAAGGCACUUUAUUAUGCAAGUAGUCUGCGAAGCAACCCAGUGUCCAGAUACAAGGGUUCGGGUAGCUGCGUUACAAAAUUUGGUGAAGAUAAUGUCCCUCUAUUAUCAGUACAUGGAAACAUACAUGGGUCCUGCUCUCUUUGCUAUCACAAUUGAAGCAAUGAAAAGUGACAUCGAUGAAGUAGCCCUUCAGGGGAUAGAAUUCUGGUCCAAUGUGUGUGAUGAGGAAAUGGAUUUGGCCAUUGAAGCAUCAGAGGCAGCAGAACAGGGACGACCCCCAGAGCAUACCAGCAAGUUUUAUGCCAAGGGAGCACUACAGUAUCUGGUCCCGAUCCUCACACAGACACUAACAAAGCAGGAUGAAAAUGAUGAUGAUGAUGACUGGAAUCCCUGUAAAGCAGCAGGGGUUUGCCUCAUGCUCCUGGCUACUUGCUGUGAAGAUGACAUUGUCCCUCAUGUCUUACCCUUCAUAAAAGAACAUAUUAAGAACCCUGAUUGGCGAUAUCGGGAUGCAGCUGUCAUGGCUUUUGGCUGCAUCUUGGAAGGACCAGAACCCAAUCAGCUCAAACCACUAGUUAUUCAGGCAAUGCCCACUCUCAUAGAAUUAAUGAAAGAUCCCAGUGUGGUGGUUCGAGACACAACUGCCUGGACUGUGGGCAGAAUCUGUGAGCUGCUCCCUGAGGCUGCCAUCAAUGAUGUCUACCUUGCUCCUCUACUGCAGUGUCUGAUUGAGGGCCUGAGCGCAGAGCCCAGAGUGGCUUCCAACGUGUGCUGGGCUUUCUCUAGUCUGGCUGAAGCUGCCUAUGAAGCUGCAGAUGUAGCUGAUGAUCAGGAAGAACCAGCUACCUAUUGUUUAUCUACUUCAUUUGAACUCAUAGUCCAGAAGCUCCUAGAGACCACAGACAGACCUGAUGGACACCAGAACAACCUGAGGAGUGCUGCGUAUGAAGCCCUGAUGGAAAUAGUGAAAAACAGUGCCAAGGACUGUUACCCUGCAGUCCAGAAAACAACUUUGGUCAUCAUGGAGCGACUGCAGCAAGUGCUGCAGAUGGAGUCUCACAUCCAGAGCACAUCAGACAGAAUCCAAUUCAAUGACCUUCAGUCUUUGCUCUGUGCUACUCUUCAGAAUGUUCUCCGAAAAGUGCAGCACCAGGACGCUUUGCAGAUUUCUGAUGUGGUCAUGGCAUCCUUGCUGAGGAUGUUCCAGAGCACAGCUGGUUCUGGGGUGGUUCAAGAAGAUGCCCUGAUGGCCGUGAGCACAUUGGUAGAAGUGUUGGGUGGUGAAUUCCUGAAAUACAUGGAUGCCUUUAAACCCUUUUUGGGCAUUGGUUUGAAGAAUUAUGCUGAGUACCAGGUUUGUUUGGCAGCUGUGGGCCUGGUGGGAGACUUGUGCCGAGCCCUACAGUCCAACAUUUUACCUUUCUGUGAUGAGGUGAUGCAGCUGCUAUUGGAGAACUUGGGAAAUGAAAAUGUCCACAGGUCUGUCAAGCCACAGAUUCUGUCAGUAUUUGGUGACAUUGCCCUUGCGAUUGGAGGAGAGUUUAAGAAGUACCUUGAGGUGGUAUUGAAUACUCUCCAGCAGGCCUCCCAAGCCCAGGUUGACAAGUCGGACUACGACAUGGUGGAUUAUCUGAAUGAGCUAAGGGAAGGGUGCUUGGAAGCCUACACCGGAAUCAUCCAGGGAUUAAAGGGAGACCAGGAGAAUGUGCACCCGGAUGUGAUGCUGGUGCAGCCCCGAGUAGAAUUUAUUCUUUCCUUCAUUGAUCACAUUGCUGGAGAUGAGGAUCACACAGAUGUAGUCGUAGCUUGUGCUGCUGGACUGAUAGGAGACUUAUGUACAGCUUUUGGGAAGGAUGUACUGAAAUUAGUAGAGGCCAGACCCCUGAUCCAUGAACUGUUAACUGAAGGCCGGAGAUCCAAGACGAACAAAACAAAAACCCUUGCUACCUGGGCAACAAAAGAGCUGAGGAAACUGAAGAACCAGGCUUGAUCUGUUACCAUUGGGAUGACACCCGAGACCCCCACUGGAAAUCUCCAAUCUUUUGAAAAACCCGGAAGUGAGGAGUGUGCACGGAUGCUGAAUGUUUGGGAAUGAGAGGAUGAGUGAGUGAGGCUUGAAAACACACCACAUUGAAAAUCCUGCCACGGCAGCAGCAGCAGCCAACAGCAGCGCUGUUAGUGAGCUAAGCACUGACUUCCGUAGAAAACCAUAACAUCGGCCAUCUUGGAAAAGAGAAAAAUGACGGGAUUUAUGUGCUUUAAAAAAGAGAGCGAGAGAGAGAGCUAUCUCUUCCCAAGAGAGGCUAGAACUAGCUUUUCUGUCUUUCGGCCAGUGCUGAGCGGAAUGACUAGUGUGGGAGAAAAGGGACUGGGUUCAGCUGUGGUGCUUUGUUGUUAAAGGCCUGGCCUUUGCUACUGAUGAGAGAGAUGGAGCCUGGGUCUCGAGCCCACCUUCGGUGUACCUUUGCCACACGGUACUGUACGCGUGCGGGCUAAAAGGAGGGUGAGGGAUUUUUUCAGUCUAAGAGUGAGUGUGUGUGAAUGAGGCGGUAUCCACAUUCUCAACUUCAAGUCAUUGCAGUUUAUCUUUUUCCCAGAAAAAAAAAAAAGGGGUUAGACGUUACAUUUCAUAAAACUAACCGAAG